CCGAUCUAUUUCUCUUCAGCGUUUCGCUUCUGUCACUUCUCUUGUGCCUCAACGACCUUGAUCCGCACUUCUGUCAUCCCCAUCUCGCUUCAAAACCAGGCAAUCACAAAACAGACCUCCCAAACCAAGCAAGAUGGCCGAUUCCAACGCCUCCCCUUCCGGCGGCGAUGCUCCUGCUCCCGUUGAGCACCUCAACAUCAAAGUCACCGACAACAACAACGAGGUCUUCUUCAAGAUCAAGCGGUCAACCCAGCUUAAGAAGUUGAUGGAUGCCUUCUGCGACAGGCAAGGCAAGCAGCCCUCAACCGUCCGCUUCCUGUUCGACGGCACCCGUGUGCGUCCUGAGGACACGCCAGACACUCUCGAAAUGGCCGAUGGAGACACUCUCGAAGUCCACCAGGAGCAGAUCGGUGGUUAAAUAGAUCCAAGCGUCUUCAACCUCUUUCUUUUCUCUAUGAAUAAUGAUGAAUGUGGUUUUUUUCCUCCUACAACAUACAUCUUCCACCAACAUUAGCCAGUCCAGCUACGCUUUUUUUCUUCCUUCUCGCUCACUUUUAUUUUCUCAUAAAAAAAUCCCCUAUCCCAUGUCGCAUUUGGAAAGGAAAGAAGCAAUAGGCGCAAACUGGUGUUUUUCGCACAGCUUUUCCGAAACCCGAUGGCGGCCUUCGCCGCGCGGGGAGGGCGCUCAACAAGGAAGGGGAGUCUACUGAGUCGGGAGUCUUUUGGGAAUGAACAUUUUACAACAAGUUCAGUUUGCGAGAAUAGAAAGCAUCUGAACACCGCAUGGAUCAGAGCAUGAACACUUGGCUGUUCGUUUUUUUCUUUUUCCUUGAAAUUUUCCGGGCAAUUAGUCUUGGGGAGGCGUUAUUGAGUUUGUAUUUCGGUAUCAUGGAGCAAAAAUCAAGGACUGCCG